CUACAGAGUCAGUCGACAAAUGUCUGAUCGAAUAAGGCAAAGAGUGAGCAGAAAAACAGCAGAAUGAACGUUAAAGAAGAAAAGGACGAUUUUGAUGAUCACGAGGAGUUUCUGUGCAGUGAAUUUGUGAAGGAAGAAACCGUCAUUGAAGAGCCGUUUUCGCCUGAAGUCGUGAAAAUAAUCGAUGAAGAGGUUUCCGGAGAGGAUAAACAGCACAACAAGAGGAAAAGUGAGAAAAUUUCCAUCAAAUGUGCAAUUUGUAAGAAGGUCUUCAAGCGGAAUACGGAUCUGAAGAGACACAUGAUUUGUCACUCCGAUGAGAGAAACUUCGAGUGUGCAUUUUGUUCGAAGAAGUUCAAGGAUAAGAAAACAAUUAUCCGACACAUAAGAAUUCAUGUUGAAAAGCCUCGAGCAUGUCCACAUUGCAAGAAGAUGUAUAAGAAUUCUGCAGCACUAGAAAAUCACAUAAAUCGUACCUGCCGAAGUGUGAAAAGAUUGACUGCAUUCUUCUGCAGUGUUUGCGGACAGAUUUCCGAGACUUGGCAUUUGCACAAGAUACAUUUGGCGUUUCAUAAUGGUGAAUUCGACUGUGAGAUUUGUGAUUGCAAACUUUCAAGCAAGAAUUCGCUGAAACGUCAUAUGAUCACUCACAGCGUGAAAAAACCAUUUGCUUGCGAAUUUUGCGGAAAACGUUUCAUAAAGAAAUACAUUUUGGAAAUCCAUAAAGUGAUUCAUUUUAGGCUGAUUUAGCUGCCUAAAAUUGCAGUAAAUUUUUCAGAAAGACUACUAUUUACAAACACAUCAAUCGGAUUCACAGAGGUCUUCCUGUCCAGCCGAAUUAAAAAAAAA